GGGCCAAAAUUGGGCUUAUUCAUGAAAGUUGUAAAGGCCCAAUGAAACUCGAAGUUGAUCAGAAGGUUGUCGGCGACCAAAUUUCUAAAUCCAAUUUUGGGAGGGAGACGACGGCGGAGGUUGAAAGGGGAAAGAGCAGAAAUGGUGACCGGAGAAGCGUUGAUCGCGUACAGAGCACUGCUCAGGGCAACAAAGAAAUCAUUCGCCGGAGAUACCGAGAUGCUAAAAGCUUCGGCGUCCGAGAUCCGUAAGAAAUUCGAAGAGAAUCGCCUCGUGGCUUCUAACUCCGACAUCACUCGCCUUCUAGAAGAGGCGCGUGAAGCGACGCAGUUCAUUUCCACCAUGAUCGUCCAGGCUAAACUCAACGAACGCGGCGGAUAUGAGAUGAAAGCAAGUCAGGAACACGCGGGAGCUACUUUGGAGCUUCCAUCAGAGGAGAUGCUUCGGAAAAAAUCUGUAUGAGUGUAAGUCUGAAAUUGGAUUACUUCUCCCUUACUCGUUUUGUUUGAUCGGGAAAGGUGGAUCCUUUUUAUGCUUCUCUGUUUGUUUUCUCUUUUCACGGCCAAGUUGAAUCAAUAAGAAGCUCUUUACAUACAUUUUUGGAUGAGAUUCGUCCAUUUCAAAACAAGAAUUACAGAAUUCACUUACAUCCAUGGCUAAUAUUGAUUAUGUUGUAUGUUAGACUGUAGACCUCACUUUUCUACUUUUCUUAGAAGCAUUGUCUUGUCGUAGAGACCCAUCUUUUGUGUCAUUCUCAAAUCUUAGAAGCCUUGUCUUGUCGUAGAGACCCAUCUUUUGUAUCAUUUUCAAAUC